AUGGAAGCGAUGUCCCCGCAACAGGAUCACGUCGGCCAGGGGCGAUCUUCCUCCCUGACCGGGGGGAAUCGGCGCUCCGCCGCUCCGGAGGGCAAAAAGAAAAUGAAGAGCUUGGCCCAAAGACGUCAGUCAGCACCAUCCCUGGUUCUCAGCAAAGCUCUGAAUAAAGCCAGAACAAGUGCCAGGGAAGGCUGCUUCUCCCCAAUCAGUCCGGAGACAUGUCCACUGGUACAGUCCUUCCUUUCUCCAACUCGAGCAUUCCUAUUGGAAGGACAUGUACAACUGAAGACAGGUCUGCAGACUCAGGAACGACACCUGUUCCUCUUUACUGACAUCCUUGCGGUUGCUAAAUCCAAGUCCCAGUUACAUUUCAAACUGAAGAGCCAGGCCCGCCUAUCUGAAAUGUGGACUGCUUCUUGCUUGGAAGAGGUCUGUGAGAGCAGCACUAAUGCUGACCGAUCUUUUGUUUUGGGAUGGCCCACAACCAACUGUGUUGCUAGUUUCAGUUCCGUGGAGCAAAAAGAGAAGUGGUUCACUUCCCUUCAAAGUCGAAUCAAAGAAGAGAAAGCAAAAGACUAUCCCAAGAGUAUUCCGUUGAAGAUUCUUGCAAAGGAUAUUGGAAAUUGUGUAUAUUCAAAAACCUUAACCAUUACUAACCUGGACACAGCAAAUGAUGUGAUCCUUUUGGCUCUCCAGCAGCUUGGAAUUAAUGGUUCUGAGAAGGAUUAUCAGCUGUGGGUUAAUUCUGGGAAAGAAGACGCCCCUUAUCCUCUUAUUGGGCAUGAAUAUCCUUUUGGAAUUAAAAUGAGCCACAUCCGUGACACUUUGCCCCAGACCCAGGGAUCAAAGGAUGGGGAUUGUCCUCUGGAUCUUCAGGGAGCCUUCUUAAUAGAACAGUUGCCCCGUGAGCUUCAGUGCCAGUUCAUUCUCAAGCCAAGUCGCCUGGCCACUGGGCAUCAGUUGAAUGAGUUAAGCCAAAAGCCGUUUAAAAGGAAAAGAUCAAUUAUAAACUGGGCCUUCUGGCGAGAAACAGGUGCUCCCGUGGACCAGUUAGUGCCAUCUCCAACAUCUUCCAAAUCAGGAAAGCUGUUCGGUCUUUCGCUCUCAUCCAUCUGUGAGAAUGAUAAUCUGCCCAAACCUAUCUUGGAUAUGCUUUGCUUUCUCUAUCAAGAGGGACCUUUUACUCGCGGUAUUUUCAGACGUUCAGCAAAUGCAAAAUCUUGCAGAGAGCUGAAAGAGAAGCUUGACUCGGGUGAAGAUGUACACCUACUUUGCGAGUCCGUCUUUGUGAUAGCCUCUGUGUUUAAGGAUUUCCUUCGUAACAUCCCAGGAAGCAUCUUCUCAUCUGAGCUCUGUGAUCAGUGGGUUUCCUUAAUGGAUGAAGGGAACCAUGAACAGAAAAUGAAACUCAUCCACAGUCUAAUGGAACAGCUUCCAAGAGCCAAUGUAAUGCUGUUGCGUUACCUCUUCGGAGUAUUACACAGCAUACAAAAGCAAUCUGAAGGUAACCAGAUGACCGCAUUCAAUUUAGCCGUGUGCAUUGCACCCAGCUUGCUCUGGUCUCCAGCUCCUGCAAAUCCUGGAACUGAAGGAGAAUUCACCAAGAAGGUUUCUGUCCUUGUACAGUUUCUCAUCGAAAAUUGCUGCAGGAUCUUUGGGGAAGAACUUACUUCUGUCUUUGCAGAUAUUAUGCCCAAAAAUGACAACCGGGAAGAUAGUUCAGAUCUCUCUUCUUUUCAUCUGAAUGACUCCUCCUACGAUAGUUUGGAAAACGAACUAAAUGACUGCACAGACCCUGCAUUUAACAACCUUUUUAAAAAGCGAGGGAAAGAGAACAGGAGUAGAGACUCUGUUUUGACUUUAAGCGACUGUGAUUUGGACUCGCCAGAAGCUGGAGAUGCUCAGAUUAAGUUACCCAUCAAAUCUCAGCCAGUAUCCAUUUCCGUGGGCUUCCAUCACAAAUCUUCGUCACGGGAGCACUCUGAGAAUGAGUCUCUGUGUUCCAUCACGUCCGGUUAUUCAUCAACGGCCAUCUCAGAUGUUCUGAAAAGCUCAAGAAGGCACAGGCGCUGUUCAGAGCCCACAAUUGGUCUUCUCGACUCCAAGUUUACACCACUCGGUGGGUUUCAUGAAAGCGCGGUGCGCAAAGCCAGCUGUGAUGCUGUUCUGUCCCAUACGAAUGAAGACUAUCUCGAGCAGUUUCGUUCUCUCCAAGUAGAAGGCCAGAAACUUAUAAAUCAGAAUUUGGUUACGGGGAUAGAAGUAAGCAGCAAGGAUGGUCCUGAAAGCCAUAUCAGUGAAAAGAAAGAUGUUUCUAACCGUCUUCUCCUGCCGCCACCACUUAGAUUAAAUAUUUGCUCAAGGACUAGCUGUUCUAGCCUCUCAUCACCGGGAACUUCUCCAUCAGGGUCUUCAAUGAGCUCUCUUGAUAGUGCUUUUUCCCAGUUUUCGGACUAUUCGGUGUUUACCCCAACCGAGGCUUCCUCUCCUCUAGACUGUGCCUCUCAGCCACAGAGAAAAUUUGGAGAGGUUUCUCCUGAUUUUAAUCCUUUUUCAGGAGUCCACCUUGGAUCCGGAGUUAGCACUUUUUCUAACCAAGCCAACAAUAACCAAACCAGCAGCUUAAUACCUAUUAAGAAAGAUAACCUGGAAUGGCUUCCUCAUAAAAACCCGGUCACUCUGCAUCCCAGCACAUGGUUGAAAAGUGGUGCUUCCACCAUGAAAAACUGGACACUACGGAAAAGGGAAAGAGCCUCCAAGCAGGAUGAGAAAAAGAACACUUCUGUGAAAAUAACUUUGGACUCAACAGCAUUUCCCUCUAAAAGUGAUGUAGUUCAGCGGCAACAAGAAAUUUGUGUAACGGAUGUCAAUUCUGUGGCAGGGCACAUGGGGAGCGGAUCUUCUCAGGAAGUUGGGCAGCUCACUAGCCUUCCUUUUUGUGCCAUGGAAGCCCAGGAGAAACGGCUAAAGGCCUUGGAGCUUUUAGCAGAGCAAAGCAAGGAAGAGGAAGAAGAGGAAAAUUCUACACCGUUUCCUUCAUACAAACAACAACCACCCAGUCUUAAGCCACAGUCUCAAAAUAAACCCAAGCCAGAGGCUGAUUUGGGGGCUGACCAUCAGUGGGUCACUGAGAGAAAGUUCAGUGAAACCCCAUAUUUCCCAGGAGUUGCAGUCCAGCAAGCAGCAGAUUCCAAAACUGAUAAAUCUUCAUUGAGCAAAGAGCCCAAAGUUGCUGACAUCAACCUGAGAAAGGAAUGUUGUGCUUCUUCACACUUAGUCAAGGUUGAGGAUGAAUGUUCAUUUCAAAUGGCUCCAAAUAAUAGCUUUUCCAAAACCUCAGAAGGAACCGAUGCUAAUAAAAUGGAAUGGCUGAAAAAGUUGUGCAGUGACGCCAAAUUCAAGGAUACAGACCAGAAAUUUUUCACAGAGGAAUCCUACGUUUGAGCAACUGAUUUAAAAGAAUGUUAUUUCAAUUUGACUUGGUGUUGCUUUAAUAUCCCAGGGGAUGUCGUCUCAUCAGGGAACGGAGGGAACUUGUGCUCUUUGAGGGAUGAGUGGAAUGAUUUUCUUAGCUAUCUUCUUGCAAUUUUUAAAGACAUUUCCUGGUAUCUAGGAAGGUCACAUGAAAUGUUUGGAGAGAAACUCUUGAUUGUAUAACACUAGCAAACACUUGUGUACGUGCUUGCUAUUUAACUUUUUAAAAAUAUCUCAUAUAUAUUCUGGACAUUGUAAAUUUAUGUUUUGUGUCCAUGGUGAUUUGGCUGUAAUGUGUAAGAUUGGCUUGGCCUUCAUAGCUUUGGUAUUGUAUUGCUGUUUUGAAGCCAAUGGUCUAUUUCAUUGUUCUCC